GGCCAUCUACCCGCCUUGUGGCCGUCGCAAGAUCAUCUUGUCGGAUGAGGGCAAGAUGUAUGGUCGCAAUGAACUGAUUGCCCGCUACAUCAAGCUUCGGACAGGGAAGACCCGUACCAGAAAGCAGGUCUCCAGCCACAUCCAGGUGCUGGCUCGACGCAAAGCCCGUGAGAUCCAGGCCAAGCUCAAGGACCAGGCAGCUAAGGACAAGGCCCUGCAGAGUAUGGCUGCCCUGUCGUCCGCCCAGCUCAUCUCAGCCACCGCCUUCCACAGCAAGGUGGACCUCACCCAGGGCCCAGGCCACCCCGCAGUCUCAGGGUUUUGGCAAGGAGCUUUACCAGGCCAAGCUGGAACAUCCCAUGAUGUGAAACCUUUCUCUCAGCAAACCUACACUGUCCAGCCUCCACUGCUUCUGCCAGGGUUUGAGUCUCCUGUGGGACCUGUCCCAUCGCCCUCAGCACCCCUGGUGCCCCCGUGGCAGGGACGCAGUGUGGCCAGCUCCAAGCUCUGGAUGUUGGAGUUCUCUGCCUUCUUGGAGCAGCAGCAGGACCCAGACACAUACAACAAGCAUCUGUUCGUGCACAUCGGCCAGUCAAGUCCAAGCUGCGGUGAUCCCUACCUCGAAGCCAUAGACAUCCGCCAGAUCUAUGACAAAUUCCCAGAAAAGAAGGGCGGGCUCAAGGAGCUCUUUGAACGGGGGCCCUCCAAUGCCUUUUUUCUCGUAAAGUUUUGGGCAGACCUCAACACCAACCUUGAGGAUGAAGGCCGCUCCUUCUAUGGGGUCUCCAGCUGGUACGAGAGUCCUGAGAGCAUGAUUAUUACCUGCUCCACUAAGGUGUGCUUGUUCGGCAAGCAGGUGGUAGAGAAAGUGGAGACAGAGUACGCUUGCUACGAGAACGGCCACUACUCCUACCGCAUCCACCGCUCGCCGCUCUGCGAGUACAUGGUCAACUUCAUCCACAAGCUGAAGCAUCUGCCCGAGAAGUGCCUGAUGAACAGCGUGCUAGAGAACUUCACCAUCCUGCAGGUAGUCACCAACAGAGACACACAGGAGACCCUGCUGUGCAUCGCAUACGUCUUUGAGGUGUCAGCCAGCGAGCAUGGGGCUCAGCACCACAUCUACCGGCUGGUGAAAGAAUAAGACUCGGGAGCAGGGACAAGGCCACAGACACCCAGAUCUGCAGAGGAGGAAAUCCCCAGAGGAAGGGAGGCCAGCCAGAGCUCAGCAGGUGCAUGAGAGAAAAGUAGAGAAAGUGGGAGAAGAGAGAGGAGGGGAAGAGAACACGAGCUGCUCUGACUGAGAGCAGCCCCAGCCCCGCUCAGCUGGGAGGGUGCAUGGGUGUCCCACCUGCUACCCCCGUGCAGCCUCAGCCCCCGGGGAACUUGGCAUACACACUUGCCCUGCCCUGUCCUGGCUUUGGGACUUCAGUGUGCAAGUGACUCAGACACACUGCAGCCUGAGAAGCAACAGCUGAGCUCCCUUGCUUCCUCCCUGCCUCCCUCCCUCUCUUCUCU